UGUUUGUUUUUCUCCUCACCCAGCUUUUCUCUUCACCACACUUUCUAUUUCUGCUGACUGGUUGUUUUCAUUUUGAUCUCCAACAGGCCAAAGAAACCAUUUUGGCCCAUUCAGCCAUUUUGCAAGAAAAAGAAGAAGAAAUUCAGAGGUUACAGAAAGAGCUACAGUCUAGAGAAACUGAAUUAGAAGAGCUGAGGGAGGAGGUGAAACCAUUUCAUAACAGUCCUGGUAAACCUACUUACAGUGCCUUGGAAGAGGAGAUCAUUUUGGCCCGACAAGAACGUGAUGCACUCAACCAGCAGCUUCUGAACACUAUCAGACACAAAGUGGCACUGUCUCAGGAAGUUGAUUCUUGGCAGGAGGACAUGCGUCUGGUGAUCUGUCAUCAAGUUCAACUCCAACAACAAGAGAAGGAAAAGGAAAACAACAAAGAACAGACAGGCUUUCAAAGAGGCACUCGCACCACCAAAUCACUGCGUGUACGUGGGGAAGAUGGAAGGAAAGGGUUUUUCUCUUCUCUGUUUGGGGGAGACUGACUAGAUGACAAAUAAGAAGGGACAAGAAGGGAAGAGAAUACAAUAACGAGAGAUUUCUCACUUUUGUCUACAAAUGGCAAAUAAUCUUUAAAAUCAUCCAAAUGUGUGAAUAGAAAGAAAUGAUAUGUACUCCAUAGUGGCACUAUUGCAUAUUUAUGUUUUCCAAUAUUUAUUUGCAACUUCAAAAUCAUACAUAAAAAUAAAUGUAUAGCAUUUACUUUUUUCUCGACUCUUUUAUAGGAGGGGUUAAUCAUUCUUAAACCAUAAAAGAAACGAUGUCUUUAGGACCAUUAAAGGCAGCGUUCAGUAAGGCAUUAUGCAGCAUUACAGUCAGUAACAUUUCAUGUAAACAAAACCUUCUCACUCUCAGGCUGUCAUAUUUUUAAAUGACAAGACAGACUUGUGCCCCAAUAUACAUAUAACCCAGGAUAAUAAAAAAAAAAACUUUUACUAGAUAUUGUAGCACCAUUUUAAAAUAGAAAAUGUUUAGAAAGUGCUUUACAGAAAACAAGUGUUUGGACAUAAACACAUUCACAUACAUAUGGUAGGAUAUGACAUGAAAAUAAAACCGGCACAGUAAAACGGUUGUGUCAUGAAAGAUACAUGAAGAUUAUUUAUAUAUUUUGUGUGCCAGUAGUGAAUAUGAAUUAGAUUUCUAAACAUUCCUUUUACAAAUACUGUAAAAAUUCAGAACAAAAAAUAUUAUAAACAGGAGACAAACAAACUAUCAACUAUCUUACAAACUAUCUUUGAAUCCGUUUAAAAGGGAAAAAACAAAAACAAGAAUUCUAUGAAAAAAAUUGUGGGAACUGCACUACAUUACACUCUUUUUAAGAACUUGUGAAAAGAUGCUGUAAAGAGAGGACAUUUAAAAAAAAUAUUUCCAUUAAUCAAAUUUUUGGAGUGACCACCAUUUAGCAGUUGUUUUCUAUUUAUUUUCAUCUUUCAUCAGAUUUUAUAUAUAGAGAUUUUCACUGUAGUUGUCUCAGAUCCCAGUUUGUGUAAAUUAUGGUAUGGUCAUUUUGGUAUGUAUUUUGCAUGACAUAGAAUACACUAGAAUACUCUUAGAAUUUCAAUUGUCCAAUAUUUCAGGUCAAUCAGGUAUUGCACUGCAUCUUAAUUUGCUUCAUGUAGCACCUGGAGUCCGUUAUCGAAGUGUCUGAAUGGCCAUUUAUCGCCUAGAUGAUCAGUCAUGUGAUGAGUUGUAUCACAGUGACAGAAUGUGCAGCUCAAACUUAUUCCUGAGGUAGGCGCACUUUACAUAGUUCAAAAUGUGUUCAACAUGACCCGCUUAUAGUACCUCAACUGGGCAAUCAGCAACAAGAUGGCCAUUAACCAGCAAUGUUUAGGUCCAAAGUUCCUUCUAUUCUACCAUACAGAAUUCAGUUUUCGAGUCAAACAGAUUUUCGUGUAUAGAGCAUGAUAUCUGGAAGAUCCAAGAGUUCCUGAUGCAGGAGAAAACUGUAAGUGCUAUUAAGAUGAAUGGGAAUGUUAACGGAAAGUCCUCUCUAGGCAUUACAGACCCCCAGAUUAGGUUUCUAUACCAGCAUCUUCUCAAGUGUUAUUCCUUGAUGUUAUGGAUGUUCUAAUCAUCUGCAGCACCAAAUUUAACACAGAGUUUUGCAUGGCUCUGGUGAAAGGUGGAUACUUUUUUGCUUGAAUUUGGUUGCAGACUCCACCUUUCGAAGUAGAUUCAGGAUAUGUAGAUCCUCUUUAAGGGCCUUCAUAGUUUAGAUCAGGGGUGGGGAACGUUGAUCCUGGAGGGCCUGUGUCCCUGCAGAGUUUAGCUCCAACCCUAAU